AUGACCAUUUCUAUAUUAAAUAACAUUAUUCGAUUACCCCCAUCAUCUUCUCAUUCUUAUUCAUCUUCUUACUUCUUAAGCAUUGCCUCCUCCAUUCGUUUUUCAAACCCAAAACAAGUUCUUCUCUGUCGUACCUCUGCUUCCCUCUCGGAUAUGGAUGUAACCAUCAGUCCUGGAUUGUACCCUCUGCAUCGUUGUAAAACUCUGCAUCUGGCGAGGAAUGCUCAAGGGGUUCAUAAUGUAGCAGGGGACAUAGAUUUCUCCAAUUAUUUGUCUGAAGAAUUUUUCGAUGCCCAUCUCACGCCUCUUGGUUGGCAACAGGUUGAUAAUCUGCGCAAGCAUGUUCAUGAAACUGGGCUUUCUAAGAAAAUUGAAUUGGUCAUUGUUUCCCCUUUGCUCAGGACUCUGCAAACUGCAGUGGGAGUCUUUGGUGGUGAAGGGUAUAAAGAUGGGGUAGAUGUACAUCCAUUGAUGGUAGAAAAUGCAGGGAAAAGUAUCCGUCCUGCAAUUUCAAGUCUGUAUUGCCCGCCAUUUGUAGCUGUUGAACUUUGUCGAGAACAUUUGGGAGUCCAUCCAUGUGAUAGAAGAAAAAGCAUCAGCGAAUAUCAGCCUUUGUUUCCUGCAAUUGAUUUUUCUCUGAUUGACUGCAAGGAGGAUAGUUUGUGGGAAGCUAACUAUAGAGAAAAGGAUGAAGAAAUUGCAACCAGAGGACUGAAAUUCUUGAACUGGCUGUGGACACGAGAAGAGAGGGAAAUUGCCGUUGUUAGUCACAGCAGCUUCUUGUACCAAACCUUAGGUGUUUUUGGCAAUGAUUGUCAUCCAUCUGUGAAGAGUGAAAUAUGCACACACUUUGCGAAUUGCGAGCUCCGAUCCGUAGUUUUGGUUGAUAGAUGUAUGUUGGGAUCAGAUCAUUCAACGAUCAACUAUCCCGGAAAAAUCCCUAGUGGACCUGAUCUUCCCAGCGAUGUUGCCAAGAAGAAGCUUUCGAAUGACGGAGCAGGCAAGUAGAUAUUCGGAUACGAGUCCCGAGUAUGAUCCUCCAAAGGUAUGGAAAACUUGGAAAUAAUUAAAGUAUACCCGAAUCAAAGAUAAUUAAUACUCGAGUCUACGUAGGUAGUUGAAAAUUUGUGCUUGUUUUCAUAGCUUUGAUAAAUUCUUCAAGUAUGUCAGAUGCUUCAAACAGUUAUUUGUUGGUUGUCAAUUCUUUAUAAAUGGAAACAUGAACUCUUACAUC